AGUUUUCACAAAGGGGAUCUUUUUCGUCCCUACACUCCUGCCAGCUAUGUGCCGCCCUUUAGGUCGAACUCAUGCUCUCCGCAGAAUGAUUCCAGGCAUGGUUACCCUGAUCGUCCAAGAUCCAAUCCGGGUACACGUGUAUCGUCACGUGGUAAUCAUGAUCCAAGACGACAGAUCUAUGACAGAAAUCGCGCUCCACAGUACGACUCGGGAGGUUACCAAGGCAACCAAUCCUAUUACAAUUCAGGGGGUUACCAAGGUAACAGAUCCCAGUACAACUCGAGCAAUACCAAGGGAACUGGUCACAAUCAAACGCAUACUCUCGAGGACCUGGGUCGAGUCAAUCUCAGUACUCUCGCGGUAGCUAUCAACACUCGUCACGUGACCCUAGACAGCAGCAGCAUUACAAUCGACAAGGACCUCCCAACGGGGUAAGUUUAACGAUUAAACCAAAUCAUCAACCUCUUAUCGUUACAACCGAACUACUUUGCUGAGCCUUCUUGCAUGGCUGCUAAUAAUUUGUCAUUUUUGGAUAAACAUAUGCCCUAUCAUUUCAUUUCAUUUUCAUCGGUUAAUUCAAAUUUACAAUAAUUGUAAUUGUAACUUUGAAUUUAAUUAUUUUAUUUUCUCACUGCCCUCAAAUAGCAAAGGCUAGUUUAGGUGGGCAGUGCAUGUAUUAAAAAAAAUACAAAGUACGCACUCCAAAUUAUAUUCAAAUUCACAAGUAAACAAAAGUAAUUUAUAUAAAUGUACAAAUGAUAAAGAACAGAAGAAGAACAGAAGAAAAGUUAACAUGCUUGAAACAAUGCUAAGGUUAACUUGAAUUCAGAGUAUAAAUCAGAAAGUUACAAGUACACUAUUAAGACGAUUGCUAAGAUAAUGAGUGGGUGAAUUCAUGUCGACUUUGUAGUUCAGUUAUCCCGGAUGUGCCUUAUGCGCUGUCCUCAGUAUUACCGCGCAUGCGCAAUUAAAUUGACAACUUGUUAAUUGUGGUUUUGUUUGUACCUCAGGAUGAUCGUCGCCAUUCGUACCCGCUUUCCAGUUACCGUUACAGACCGU